AUGGCACUUUUCCCUACGUGGGGUGAAUCGUCAAAGGCAGGAAUACAGAUUUCUUUCAUCUCCUACAAUCAGACACUGAAGAAAAGGUGUGUGCUGCUGCUGCUGCUGGGGCUGCUGCUGCUCACACUGCACAUCACGGUGCUGCGCGGUUCGGGAGCCGCCGACGGGCCGGACGGGGCCGCGGGCAACGCCAGCCUGGUGCAGCUGCAGAAUAACCUCAACGCGGAAAGUGAUUCCACAUCAGAAACCAGCUUUCCUCUCUCCAAACAAGCACCAGGGGAGCAUUUGGACCAUCAGGCCGCGCACCAACCCUUCCCCAGACAGCAAUUCCGACCAGAGACUGGGCACACUUCAUUGCAAAGAGAUGGCCCCAGAUCCUUUCUCCUUGAUUUACCAAACUUUCCAGAUCUUUCCAAAGCUGAUAUCAAUGGACAGAACCCAAAUAUCCAGGUCACCAUAGAGGUGGUCGACGGUCCUGACACUGAAGCAGAUAAAGAUCAGCAUCCGGAGAAUAAGCCCAGCUGGUCAGUCCCAUCCCCCAGCUGGCGGGCCUGGUGGCAGAGGUCCUUGUCCUUGGCGAGGGCAAACAGCGGGGACCAGGACUACAAGUACGACAGUACCUCAGACGACAGCAACUUCCUCAACCCCCCCAGGGGUUGGGACCGUCCGGCCCCAGGCCACCGGACUUUUGAAACCAAAGAGCAGCCAGAAUAUGAUUCCACAGAUGGUGAGGGUGACUGGAGUCUCUGGUCUGUCUGCAGUGUCACCUGCGGAAACGGCAACCAGAAGCGGACCCGGUCUUGUGGCUAUGCAUGCACUGCAACAGAAUCUAGGACCUGCGACCGUCCAAACUGCCCAGGAAUUGAAGACACUUUUAGGACAGCUGCCACCGAAGUGAGUCUGCUUGCGGGAAGUGAGGAGUUUAAUGCCACCAAACUGUUUGAAGUUGACACGGACAGCUGUGAGCGAUGGAUGAGCUGUAAAAGCGAGUUCUUAAAGAAGUACAUGCACAAGGUAAUCAAUGACCUGCCGAGCUGUCCCUGCUCCUACCCCACCGAGGUGGCCUACAGCACAGCUGACAUCUUCGACCGCAUCAAGCGCAAGGACUUCCGCUGGAAGGACGCCAGCGGGCCCAGGGAGAAGCUGGAGAUCUACAAGCCCACGGCCCGGUACUGCAUCCGCUCCAUGCUGUCCCUGGAGAGCACCACGCUGGCUGCCCAGCACUGUUGCUAUGGCGACAACAUGCAGCUCAUCACCAGGGGCAAAGGGGCGGGGACGCCCAACCUCAUCAGCACCGAGUUCUCCGCCGAGCUGCACUACAAGGUGGACGUCCUGCCCUGGAUCAUCUGCAAGGGCGACUGGAGCAGGUACAACGAGGCCCGGCCUCCCAACAACGCACAGAAGUGCACGGAGAGCCCUUCGGACGAGGACUACAUCAAGCAGUUCCAAGAGGCCAGGGAGUAUUAAAGAGACCGGGAUGAGGUGGGGCGACGCCACCUCUGGCUUUGUGACACAAGCACGCUGCACUGAUCUGCCACUGGCGCCGAGUCCUUCCUCUCCGCACAUGUGUCCAUUUGUAUAGAGCACAUAAGUAUUUGUUAUAGAUGACACCACGGCUGUGCACCAGGCCCGGGUACCCGUCAUCAGAAGCCACCCUUGCUAUCUACGGUGCCUACGGACCUCCUUGGAAGUCCUCCCAGGGGCGAUGUGGGCAGGAGGAAGGGGACGACAGAAAAGCCAGAAGGAGAACCUGGGGGAC